GGCGUGGCUACAGACCGCAGCGGCCAAUCCGAGUGCGGCGUCACCGCCAGCUGACGGAUGAGUCAGGGCGGAGCGGCGGCGCAGCUCCACUUGUUGCUGAGCAGGAGCCGCGCUCGUCAGCUGACCGGGGAGCUCCAGCCAAACGCGGCGAACGCACCUCCGUCCUCCGCCGCUGCCGGUGACACCGCCGCUCCAGGAAGUCUGGUUUGAUGUCGGCCUCGGUCUUCGACCCGUGUGGACGCGUCAGUCUGGUCCGUGGACUCCUCCUCCUGACCUCCACGCUGCUCGUCACUGAAGGCAGACUGUUGAACUGCUCCCACCCUCUGGUGCCGGAACAUGGCGGCUUUCGCUGCGAGCCGUCUCCCUGCCGCGGCUUUCCUCACAGGAGCACCAUCCGAUUCUUCUGUGAGACUGGAUACCACGUCAGCAGGAGGAAGCCUUUUUCCAGCUGUCGCCACGGCAGGUGGGACCCGCCCAUGCCCACCUGCGUCCCUGUCAAAGGUUCCCCACCGAGGUCUGAGACUCCUGCCAAUGACUCCAUGCCCAGCAUGGCCACCACCGCGGUGGGCGUGUCCAUCUUCCUGCUCACCACCACUGCCUGUUUGGUGGUCAAGUCCCGCCUCUAUCCCUGUCAAUCUCGAGGCAGCCGGCGCUCCUCAGACCAGCUGGACCUGAUGGUGGACGGACUCCCCGUCUCCCUCCCCUCCUACGAGGAGGCGGUGUACGGCAGCUGGGGUCAGCGGAUCCCCGCCUGCUCCUCGCCUGGCCCCACGCAGCUCCUGCUCUCUCAGGAGAGCGCCAGCCGCCAGCCUGAUGGCAGCCUCCAGCCUCUGCUCCCCAGCCACAGCCCGGACAACCCCCCGCCUCCGUACGAGGAGGUCCCGUCGUCGCGUCCCAGAGACGGGGACGCCCGGCAGCUGCACGUCCCGGCCGUCAAGGACACCUGAAGGAUGAACGACGGCGUUCCGUGGACGGAUGGCGCCUGCUCUGCCUGCACUUUCCUGGCGGGCUGCAGCUCACCAGCAUCAGGAAAACCUGGAGAUGAAGCUACAGUGACCGUUUUACCGGCCACACCCCCCGAGUACGGGAGGGGCUGAAGGACAUUUUUAAGGAAGCGACUGUUGCAUGAAUGUUUGCAGCUCAGGAGGGACGUAACUUGCACAUAAAUCUCCGGUCUGCUGUUCAGGAAACGAUUGUUUUAACUUUUUUUAGCUGAAGAAGACGGCCUCUGCUGCACAGAAGCAGGAGUUUGUGGUCGGAGCAGCAGUGGCGUUCUGGUCGCUGGACGCUGUUGCACGAACCCACCUGUUUCCACGGCAACAGGCUUUUGCACGGAGUGUUCCUUCAGGUCUCAUCAUCGGACUGUGGUGCACAGGCUGCAGCCGCACUUUUAGAAAUGAUCUUUUUUUUUUAGUGUACAGAUAACGUUUGGAGAUUUUAGAGUUUUUAUGUGUUUCAUCAGAUUUGCGGCGACAUUAUUGAAUGAUAUUAAAACUUUUCUUGUGUUUGUGGAUGAAUUCUCUACAACCAGAAACCUGCAAAAAAAAAAAAAGAAACUCUUCUGAGAGAAAUCCCCUCAGAUAACCCGAACGUGAUGCCUUCACAGACCUUGAAUGUAUUCUGUCUUUUUGUGGCAAUUUUUGACUAUUGUAAUAUUACAGAUGAUUAUUUGUAUAUUGUAUUGGUGCACAGAACUAUAAAUAAAUGUUGAAAAUGUUCCUGA